UUGUGUUUUUUUGUGAUUAAACCUUAGGUAAUUCCUGUAGAUCUUUUUAACUUGUAAUCAAGAUGGCUCAGUACAAAGGAGCAGCCAGUGAGGGAAAUCGAGCGAUGCACAUGCAGAAAAGAAGAGAUAAAGCAAAAGAACAAAUGGAGGAAUUAAAGGCGAAAAUUGUAAAUGAAAAUGCAAUAAAGUCCAACAUACACAAUAAAUUCUCCACUCACUAUGACGCAGUUGAGGCUGAAUUAAAAUCAAGCACUGUUGGUUUGGUUACUUUAAACGAAAUGCGCGCUCGACAGGAAACUUUAAUUCAAGAACGACAGAAGCAGAUUGCUAUGAGCAAUGAGGCAGUGCUGAAAUCAAAGAAAGAACAAGUGAAGAAAAAGGAGCGAUCACGGAAGAUUGCUGCUCUCUCAUUCGCUGUUGAUGAUGAAGAUGAUGACCAGGAGGAAGAGGAAGAAAUUGUUCUCCCAAAGAAACCAAAGAAAAAUCCUGAUGUGGACACAAGUUUUCUACCUGAUAGAGACAGAGAGAUUCAAGAAAAAGAACUUAAAGAACAGAUUCGAAAAGAGUGGGUGGAAAAACAAGAAAGAAUGAAAAAUGAAGAAAUAGAGAUAACAUACAGUUACUGGGAUGGAUCUGGACAUCGCAGAAAAGUUAAGAUGAAAAAGGGAAACAGUAUCCAACAAUUUCUUAUCAAGUGUAUUGAACAACUUAGAACUGACUUCAGUGAACUGAGAACUGCAGGCGUGGAGCACUUAAUGUAUGUAAAGGAAGACUUAAUUAUUCCACAAUAUUACACAUUUUAUGACUUCAUAAUGACCAAAGCACGUGGUAAGAGUGGGUCACUUUUCCAGUUUGAUGUCCAUGAUGAUGUUAGAUUAGUUGGUGAUGCUACUGUAGAGAAAGAUGAGAGCCACGCAGGUAAAGUAGUGCUACGACACUGGUUUGAAAAGAACAAACACAUCUUUCCUGCUAGUAGGUGGGAACCGUAUGAUCCAGAAAAGAAAUUUGAUAAGUACACGGUCAAAUGAUGAGUGGGUAUUUCACUGCAGUUAGCCCGUGUCAUAGUGAUUACGUGAUUAUCAGAUGGUGUAUCCCAAUGUAGAGAGACCUUUCGAUUUUGAAAAUCAAUACUAUACAUGUCUUUAUAUAAAAAUCGUGUUCAAACUGGAUUUGAAACUAAUUUUAGUAAAUAUAAGCACAUAUAUUGAACACAGAAUUAUGUAUAUGUCAAUUUGUUGCGAGUAUACACACAAAUCCAGCGGGCUCAAAAUUUAAACGAAUUUUACAACCUAAGCGAUGUAGUCAUGCCAGCGCUGGGCACUCGGUGGAUUUUCUUAUUUCGCAGCGCGCCAAUAAAACUGAAGGACUGCUGUGUAAAUAUGUUUAUUUAAUAUGUGUUAACACAGACGUACAUCAAACAUGUCGUUUUCUUCUGUAAACUGCUGCUCAUACCAUCUCUUCGUAAUAGCACGUACAAUAAAUUAUACGGAAAUA